AGAAGAAGCAGAAGAAGAAGAAGAAGAAGAAGAAUCUUUUGAAAGAUGGCGGCGCACACGCAGAAGAAUAACAAACCAGUGAAACCAGGAGGGAAAGAGGCACAACCGCUGAUAAUUCCCAAGAAUCCCGCGGAAGAACAGCGUCUGAAGUUGGAACGGUUGAUGCGGAAUCCCGAGAAGGUUGCCCCCAUCCCGGACCGCCCGAAAGAAUGGACACCGCGGGCUCCCCCUGAGUUCGUCCGGGAUGUGAUGGGUUCAAGCGCAGGUGCUGGCAGCGGGGAGUUCCAUGUUUAUCGGCACCUCCGCCGUAGAGAAUACCAGAGGCAGGACUUUCUGGACAAAUUGGCUGAGCAUCAUGAUAAGGAUGUGAAAUAUAUUGACAAGGUGGAGCAGAACAAGCUAGCAGCUGAGGAGCGAACUGCAAAGCGCAGGAAGAAGCGGGAUAAGCUGAAGAAGAAGAAGCUGUUAGCCAAAAAAGCUAAACUGGAGGCCAAAAGUAAAAAAGAAGACGCAGAUAAGAGCUCAGACAGCAGCUCAGAAGAGGAGGAGGAGGAAGAAGAGAAGGAGGCGGAGGAUGAUGCGGAGGCUCCUAGUUUUAUCAUGGGAAGGAAAUGAUGGAGUUUAUAGGCUUCCAGGACAUGUUACUGUUUUCAUCCUCCUCAUGGGACAUUAAAACUACUUUUGGGCCUUGUGAUUAGUCUUCGAGCCUCAGCAUUAACACGGGGAGACACCAAAAUUGCAUAACGACUUUAAGAAGAGGGAUGGAGCAUUUGACUAAUUUGGACAAUAAUGGAAAUAAAUGAACAGACGUGGCAAUUUUCCCCCGUUUUACAACAUACCAGGAGCAGGAUUUUCAGAUACUGUGUACUUUGAUUGGUAUAAAUUAUCCUUAUAUUAUUUGGACAGUUGUAUUUAAUGCUCACACUGAUCUCUGCAUUUCAUAAAGAAAUUUAAAAAUCACAUGAUCAUUUUAAUCUCUUUUGUUUUCUUUUUAUUUGCAGUUCAUUUUGCAACAACUUGAACAACACAAGGAUUCAGUUUAUAAGAUGUGUGUGCAAAUUUAAAGUUGUAUUGCUAAAAUAGGGUAAAUCCCUGUAUCUUGUUUUGAUGUUUGCGAUAUUUGCAGCCUUGUGACGCUGCCCCUGGUGAAACCCAUCACUCGUGGGUGCAACAAGGCUGCAGAAAGUAAUUCAAAGAAUGAAAAGGCGUGACUUCUGAAGGCUCAGGAGUUUCACGUGCGAUGUUCCUUGGACAGAAGGGUCCUGCUUUCCACGGUGGUGACGGUCUAGCUCUGUGGCCGUCACCUUUCUUGAGGCAGGUAGAAUAAAAUCCUGGCAGCCGGAUAUUGUCUGAAACAGGGGAAGCUUUUCCUGUCAGGCACUGUUAGCUGUCACAUUAAUAUCUGUGUUUUUUGUGUUGCCUCCUGGUCAUUACAGGCUCCAUUCAGUUAAUAAAACCUGCUUAUGAGAUCAUAUCUUCA